UAUAAACAAGCAAAAGAUUUACAUAGAAAAUACAUUAUAAUACAGCAUAUCUAUUGUAUAUAUACAUUAAUCUAUCUACAGCUGCAUGUUGUGCCAUUGCUGGAAUAGCGUGGAAUUGAAUCGAUAUAUUCAUCGCACAGCGAUACUAGGCGUGAGCUGCGUACCAUUUCAAAACAGCUGUUGCUUGCGCGAUUGCACGUGUUGCCCAGAGCUGCAUUUAAUUUUUACCCUUAUUUGGUUGUUGUUUUGGUAUUUGCUGCUCGGCGGCGUCUUUUAACCGGUAAUUGAUAAACGUCAAUUUGACUCCACAAAGAAGAAAAAACUCACCAUGGGCAAAAACAAGCGCAACAAACAACAGCAGCAGCAGCAACAACAACAACAGCCGCAUCAACAAGAGAAUCAACAGAUCAAGCAUGCGCUAGAAGCAGCUGCCGCAUUUGCUGCAAGUGAUGCAGCCGUCGCAGCAGUGGCAGCAGCAGCAGCAACAAAAACAACAACAUCUACAAAUAACAAAAAGCAGACGAGCAGCAGCAAUAGCAACAACAACACAAAAAUGCGCAACAAGCAGCAGCAGCAGCAGCAACAGAAUCAACAACAACAACGUCUACAAAUAACAAAUGGCAGCCGCAUACCCAGCCUCAAAGACAAAGUUCGCCGUGUAUUAAAUCAGCUCGCCCAGGACAUCCUGGAGCUGGUGCAAAUGCAGCCGGCCAAUGCGAACGAUGAGUGGAAACAGUACGUUGAGCUACAGCGGCUGCUCGAUCGCAUGAUCUUUCACGAAAAACCGCUGCAAGAAGCCGUCUUUCCCGCGAAAGACGCCCAGCUGACUGAACAGACUCGAUUGUCCAAGAUUGAAGCCUUCAAUGAAUGGGCACGGGCCGGCGGUGUGAAAACCGAUUGUGUGGAAAUCGCAACAUUUCCCGGCUAUCAGCUGGGCUUGCGUGCCACACGCGACAUCAAGGCGGGCGAACAGGUACUCAGUGUGCCGCGCAAGCUCAUCUUUUCGGAGGAGCUGCUGCCCGAGAAGCAGCGUCAGCUCUUUCGCAAUUUCCCCACCCACCUGAAGGUCACAUAUACGCUGAUUAUGGAGAAGCUACGGGGCGCGGACAGCCCCUGGCAGCCGUUCAUCGAUACGCUGCCCUCGCGCUACAACACCGUGCUCUACUUCACCGUGGAGCAAAUGCAACGAUUGCGUGGCACCUCGGCCUGCUCGGCUGCUGUGCGGCAUUGCCGUGUCAUUGCACGCCUCUACGCCUCCAUGUACAAGUGCGCCUUCAUGCAGCUCGAUGACAGCGUUAUGGGCGGCAUGGCAAAUCUCUUCACCGACUACGGUCUCUGCUACGAGCUUUAUCGCUGGGCGGUAUCAACGGUAACAACGCGUCAGAAUCUGGUUCCGCGAGUGCUGGGCGUUGAGGACGGCGGGGAGCUGUCAAGUCAAUUCGAGGGCUUUACCGAAGGGGCCGAUGGGAAGCAAGAGAUACCGUCGGAUGCCGCUAAUUUACCAAUAUCGGCAUUGAUACCCUAUUGGGACAUGGCGAACCAUCGCUCUGGCAAAAUCACCUCGUUCUAUGACCAGGCCGCUGGGCAAAUGGAAUGCACGGCCCAGGAGGCGUACAAGUCGGGCGAGCAAUACUUUAUCUACUAUGGCGAUAGAUCCAAUGCGGAUCGACUAGUGCACAAUGGUUUCGUUGACAUGCAGAACCCCAAAGACUAUGUGCAAAUACGCUUGGGUCUCAGUCCAACGGAUGCGCUGGCCGAACAGCGUGCCAUCCUGCUCGCCGAGCUGAACAUUGAGCGUAAAGCGGAGCUGCGUGUACUGCCCGCACCGGAGCACAUAUCGGGCGAGCUGUUGGCAUUUGUGCGCGUCUUCAAUAUGAGCAAGGAGCAGCUGGAGCACUGGUGCAGCGACUUGGAGCGUGCUGUCGACCUGCUGCACAUCGACUGUGCACUCGAAACGGACCUGGAGACACGCACCUGGCAGUAUUUGUACCAGAGGCUCAAGCUGCUGCUCGGCGUGCUCGAGGCGACGCUCAAGGAGACCGACGAGCUGAAGCAGCUGGAAGCACUGCAGCAGCAGGCCGAUGCAUCUGAAAUUGAUAUUAUGGUCCUACAAUAUCGUCGACUCGAGCGUCGCAUACUCAGCGAUGCGCUCCAGUAUGCACAAGAGCGUUUGAAGGUCUAAGAUCUAGCUCGAUUCGACAUUAAUUUUUGUCCCGAUACAAAGACUACGAAACCUAUCCUAGUAAAGCCUAAGAUAUAAAACUAACAAAACGGCCAUCAAUUUGAUUUGACGGCUCUAAAUUUGGAGUUUCAUAGAUAUUUUUCAUGCUUGAAUUUGAAUUAAUUUAUUUGUGAAUCAAUUUAAAAUGUUGCAAUAUUUCAAUUGAUUUGCAUAUCAUAAAUAUUCUCGAUAUCAUCUGCAUUAAAUUAUUGCUUUAAUA